AUGACUGGAUGUCGGCCGGAGAAGCAGGCCGACACGGUUGCUGAGGCUUCGUUUGGUUUCGUUUUCCGACUGUACUUCUCAUCCGCACAUACCUUCCGAGUAGUGUCGACAAUUGCGCGAUGGCCUGGUGGUUACUUUUUCUUUCUCGGUGUCUGUUUCUCCCUCAGCGGGUUUAUGAAUAACCGCCGGUCGCUUUGUUCCAGGCACGACCUUGCCUACCUAUAUUCGACAACAUCGAGGCCCUGGUUACGCCGGUCUCGGGCAACUUUCUUUCCGUCCUGCAACCGCAUCCGAGUUGGGCAGGUUGAUUUCAUGUCUCGAGCUUGGGAUGCAGUGCUACUAUCAUAUUCCCAGCUAAAGCGAAACGCAACAUUACAUGUAGUAUACGAGUUGUCAGAGGCCAACAAACGAAGACCAACCACGCCAAGCCAAGUUCUCUUCCAGCUGCCCAAGGUACCUCCUGCCAAGUACCUAGGUACCUGCACUUCCGUCCAGGCUUCGGUCGCCAUCUCGUCUUUCCACCUCCAACCCCCAGACCAACGCUUUACCACACGAACAUUGAUCUUCCUCAUCCGAGAGGGAGAGAGCCCCUUGACGACUUCAAGCCAGCUCUUCGAGAUUAACCUGCGCUGCUAG